ACCACCACAAGCACCAGCAGCAUCAUCUCCAACAUACCAGUCGUAUCUUCCACUCCCAACAACGACCCCCUCGUCAUCACCUUAGCAUCGUAUGAGUGCAUCUUAUCAAGCCCACGCUCUCAUCUGAGCCUCUUCUCCGCCCUUCUCUCCCCCCGCCCACCCACCUGCCCCUCGGGGUCACACACGCACAUCACCAUGCCCUCGCUGGUGUCCAUCUUCUACUACCUCUUGGGCGGCGUCACCUUCCUGCCCCUGUGUCUCAUCGUCGGAUUCAUCUACUUCCACAUCACCGCGCCCAUAGCAGAUGAGGCUGAACGCAGACUCUCCCCGCACCCACUCCAUGAUGGACAGGACGGAAGUGACAUCUCGCCAGAGAAGAAGGCAGCCGCCCUCGAUCUAGCUGUGCGCAACGCAAAGGCUCAGCAGGAGCUCGAUGAGGCACUCAAGAAUGGUGAAGCAGGCAGUGCUCUUCCUACUCCGGCUAGACAGACUACCAUCCCUGGUGCUGCAAAGCGUCUGGGACCUUCUGGUUCCCAUGUCCCCAAGCCUCACCGCUCUGGCUGGCUGGUGGUACGGAAGCAAUUUGAGCCAACUCCGCCAGCCAACAAGGCUCACGGAAGGGAAGCUAGUCCUCACCAUCAGAGCAACAAUAGCGCUAGCGCCACUUCGACCUCGGGCCAAACAGACUCCCAAGAUGCCACCAGCACUCAUACGUCCUCCUCCUCCUCCUCGUCAGGACCAAAAGCUGCCUCGGGUAGCAAGCCAGGCUACAUGUCUGCCAUGUAUCGCGGUAUCAUGGACUACCGCGCUGGCAAAGCAGACGCAAAGAGGCUCGCUGGGCUGUCGGCCCAGGGCACCUCGCAAACAGACGACGAACCAGCGGCAGCAACGGCGAAGCGGUCUGCAGGCGUCCCUCACCCAGAUUCCUCGGUACCCCCACUGUCUGCUCCCAAGGAUGCCUACUUUUGCGUACUCAAGGCGCCUAUUCUCUACCUGUAUUCGUCACAAGAUGUCAGCAAUCCUACAACGGAAUGUCUUGCCGCCAUCGACCUACGUGGCAAGAGGGUGAGCAUGUACAUCAACCAGAUUGGUGAUGUAGAAGGAGAGCCAGGUGACGGUCAGGGAGCUAGCGCAGGCCAAGAACACAGCACAAGCGACGACGAGACAGCCGACGAACGGGUCCAGCCUCACUUUUCUACCAAAGCAGCAUCAAUGGCGACGACUCUCCGUCGGAUAGGUACCAAAGACGGGGAGCUGUUCCAGAAGCGUAAUGCGAUCCGCAUCGUGACUCCAUCGACCUCGCCUCUGCAGCAGUGGUUCGUCUUCUUGCGGUCAUCGACGACGCUGGAGGACUGGUAUCAUGCCCUGAUCCAUGCAUCGCUCGCACCGACUGAUAGCUCAGAGCCACCCGUGGACCCCAUCGGCCCCGUCUUUGACUUCGAAGACAUGCGAGGCCUCCUGUCCUCCCUUGACUCUUUACCAGACCCGAUCCCUCUACGUUGGCUCAAUGCAAUGGUAGGCAGAAUCUUUUACUCCGUCUACCGCACGGCGUGGAUCGAAGACUACGUCACUCGGAAGCUGAUGAAGAAGAUUAGUCGAGUCAGAACGCCAGGCUUCUUGUCAGACAUUCGUGUCAAAGAGGUCCAUCUGGGCAACACCCCUCCCGCCUUUUCCAGGCCGAUGCUCAAGUCACUCACCGGCGAAGGAGAGGCUAGCAUGGAGGUGGCGAUGCACUACCGUGGAGCGCUGAGGUUGACCAUCUCCACCGUCCUCACCAUCUCCCUCGGUUCGAGGUUCAAGCCUUACAACGUACCGCUCGUGCUUGCCGUAGUCGUCACCUCACUUGAAGGCAACUUGCUUCUUCAGAUCAAGCCGCCGCCAUCAAAUCGCAUCUGGUAUGGCUUCACCUCCCUGCCCAAGAUGCAAAUCGACGUCGAGCCUGUGGUCAGCGAGCGCAAGGUGCAAUGGUCCAUGGUCAAGAGGCUGAUCGAAGGAAGAAUCAAGGAGCUGAUGAUGGAGAGCAUGGUUGUACCAAACAUGGACGAUAUUGCCUUCUUUGAUACGAGACCAAAUGCUCGCCGAGGAGGAAUCUGGGCAGAAGCAGCUGUACGCAGGCAGGAUGGCAAGGUGGCUACUAGCGCUACACAAGAAGUGUCAAAGAUGCGAGAUGGGGUGGAGAAGGUAGAGGCGGAGAAGAAGGUGGAAAGUGCAUCAGGUAUCACUUCUGCCAUGAAAGACUCCACAUCUACGGAAGACCAGCUGCGCAAUCGCAAGAAGGCGGCCGAGGAUAUCGCGGCGCCUGCGAAGCUGGACACAUCUGUCAAGGAUGAAGCUCCUUCUCAAUCUGCUUCAGCCUCUUCACCCGCCAUGGCUGGCUUGUCAGCCCUCUUGGCCCGCAACAAUGCUCAAGGUGUACAGACGAGCUCGUCUUCGAUGUCACUGCCCCUAUCCACGUCACCUACAAACAACAUAUCGAGUAUGGAGACGUCUCGCAAUCCGGAGAAGAGAGCACACUGGUUCAGAGGCCAGAAGCCGCAGAGCAGUCUGGCGUGGGGUUCUGCUAGCGUACUGCCGAGCGCCGACGGAUCAUCUAUCUCUCUGCCAGCUACUCUAAGUGCCGAUGCAGAGAGCAAGGAUCUCCCUACACCUCGUCUUCAAAGCACGGCCUCCAAUACUGCCCUCGCUCGGCAUGCCAAGAAUCGGAGGAGUGUGUCGUCUACGCUCUCUGCGGCGAGCAGUGCUGGCACUGAUGACAUUCAUGCCGCGAUGGCGGAAAGUAUGGACAGCAGCGAUGAUGAAGGCCGACGAGACAGGGAAGAAACUCCUAUGCCGCAACGUGAAGUUACCACGACGCCUCAAAGCAUGCUCUCUCAGACCAUUGAGGUGUCGCCUACCGGUGCUCAACAGGCUGAUUAUGGGGAGGGCGAGACCCCUCGCCCUUCCGACGCACAGCUGCACCAGCAGCGACAAGCAUCAGCUGACAGGACACCCGAAAGUACUCGAUCCGCUAGCCCACUACCUCCGCCAGCCUCGACUGUCGAUCCGUUCCUGGAAGUGCCACCACUACCUGCUGAGCCUUCCACACCACAGUCACUGUCCCCUGUGGGUAUACCAACUUUGCCGCCCCGUACCGUCUCUCCAGACGCCGUCUCUAUCGCCAGCGCAAGCGAUGCUUCUUCGGUGAAGAGCAGCGCACAGAGCAUCACAGCACCUACUCUACCUCUACGUGCUUCGCAAGCGUACGGGCCUCCACCACGUAGACCGGCCGUACCUUCUCGCAGGCCUACCGAGAAGACGCUCUCUCGGGCAGUCUCCCGAGAAUCUAUGGGCAGCGAAACAGCUCCCACCUCGAGGUCUCCCUCGGCUCAGCAAGCUUCGGCGCUGUGGAAUCAGGCCAAGUCUCGAAUGGCAGACAAGGAGGCGAGACAAGCUACUGCUACACAUGCCAAGGACGCUCUCAAGAAGGGCUGGGCGAACUGGAGUGCCAAGAGACAGGCCAGCGGUGGCAGUUCCAUCUCGCUGCAGCAACAGCAGGAGCAACAAACGGCUCCCGUGCGAGAGGAAUGGGACCGUCUCGACCGCGCCGCUACAGGCAGAGAUGAGAGGCUGCACUACACGCCUGACCUUGCCCCACGUUCAUCCACUAGCUCUGCUGGAUCGUCUACCUGGCAACUGGGCACCUCUGCCACUGAUCCGGCUAGCCUCGGUGCUGGCUUUGGUUUCGAGAUGAGCCCUCAUGGCUCGCCUGAAUGGCAACGUGCUGGAGAUGGGUACCGCCUGGGAAGUCAGACGUCUACGCAGGCUCAUUCAGCCUCGUCUGCAUCCCUCAGUGGCAGCAAUGCUUCAUACCGGGAGUACAGAGCUGGUCGAUCGCGAGAGAGUUCACGAGCUUCUUCGCCAGGCAAGAACGGCGGUCCUCCUGCAGAGGUCGUCUCCUCAACGGAUACGGAGAAUGGAAGGCCGUGCGCCCCCUCGUCGUCUACAUCUGUUCGCAAGACAAGUGCAGGCGUUGCGCACUCGGGCUCACCUUCACAGGAUAGCUUUGCCUUCUUGCCUCCUGCUGCCAAGCCAGUGACAGCGCUAGCAAACGGUACCGCUCCCUCUGAGCUGAGUAGUGCUGGCGAGGCGGUUGCUGCACCAGCUCCUUCCAUGACGCCUGCGACUCCCUCCAAGCCCCACUUGGUACCGGAAGAGGCCGAGGCUACGCCUCGCAAUGAGGCCGAUACGCCUCGCAACGUAUCUACAUCGUCUGCAGCCACAGCCGCAAUGUCGCCUACGUUGUCACGGGAGAAGUCUCGCUCGGGCUCUUCCUCUUCGCCUUCUGCAAGGAUCCGAUCACAGCCAGGGCACAUGACCAUGAUGGCUGUACCUGGCAUUCAGCGCAAGAGUGGUGAACCGACGAGCUUCUCUGCUCCCCUUCCCCCUCCACCACCCGCACGAGAGGAGGGUGGUAAAGCUGCUGCAUCGGGCGCAGGGUCUAGGCUGAGCUUCAGUGGACUCAAGCUGCCCAACUUUGUUGGCGGCAUUGCCCCUGGGGGGACGGGGAUGUCUACAAGUGGGAGUGCGAGGAGCGUGAGCUCGGAGAGACAUCAGGAGGCGACGCCUGCUCAGGGCUCUGCCGAUGCGAGUGGAGCAGCUCCCUCUGCGCAGGCAGAAGAAGGACAUUUCACCGUCGGUCGGCAAGGAUUCGAGCCGGUCACAGACGCAAAAGAGACGGGAAAGACGAUUGGAGGAGAAUUCGGUGGACAGGAGGUGCAAGAGGAGGCGGCGUCUCCAUCAUUUGUAGAGGUAACGACGAGCCAGGAUGAGGCCGUCGAGGAGCGAGAGCGCCAGUAGGCAUCCCAGAGCCACGAUUUCGAGCCUCACAGGGGCCACAUUUCAUGUCAUCAGCACACAUUGCAUUACUCACCUCAUGCCACACCAGUCAUGUCACGAACAUUUGAUCCUCACACGAUGCUUGUCCAGACUGGCGCCAGGAUGUGUGAGGGGGAACUCCGCGG